AUGAAAACUCAUCACUCAUUCGCUGAUGUGGCAAACAAAGAUAGUAAAGAUAGUAAAGUUAAAGGCAAUGUGAUUGGCAUUGAUCUUGGAACAACAAAUUCGUGUGUGGCAAUCAUGGAAGGCAAAUCACCAAAAGUGUUAGAAAAUGCUGAAGGAAUGAGAACAACACCAUCUGUAGUUGCAUUCACGAAAGAUAACGAUCGACUUGUUGGUAUGCCAGCUAAACGGCAAGCAGUAACAAAUCCACAAAAUACAUUUUAUGCUACAAAACGUUUAAUUGGAAGAAAGUUUGGUGAUGAAGAAGUAAAGAAAGAAAUGCAAAGUGUAUCAUUUAAAAUUGUUAAAGCCACAAAUGGUGACGCAUGGGUGGAAGCAAAUGGAAAAAUGUAUUCACCAAGUCAGAUAGGUGCAUUUGUUUUGGUGAAAAUGAAAGAAACAGCCGAAAAUUAUUAUGGAACUCCAGUUAAAAAUGCUGUCGUCACGGUGCCAGCUUAUUUCAAUGAUUCUCAGCGACAGGCCACAAAAGACGCGGGUCAAAUUGCCGGUUUAAAUGUUCUUCGAGUGGUGAAUGAACCGACAGCAGCUGCUCUUGCUUACGGUCUUGAAAAAACGAACGACAAAGUUAUUGCUGUGUACGAUCUUGGCGGUGGUACGUUCGAUAUCUCUAUCCUUGAAAUGCAAAGCAAUGUAUUCGAAGUACGAUCGACAAAUGGUGAUACGUUUUUGGGAGGUGAAGAUUUUGAUAAUGCCUUACUAAAACAUUUAGUAGCAGAAUUCAAAAAAGAGAGCGGCAUAGAUGUAACGAAAGAUCCACAAGCAAUGCAGCGACUGCGUGAAGCUGCUGAAAAAGCAAAAUGCGAAUUAUCUUCUGCAGCACAGACGGAUAUCAAUUUGCCGUAUUUAACGAUGGAUUCAUCUGGACCAAAACACAUGAAUUAUAAAUUAUCACGUUCACAAUUUGAAAAUCUCGUUGCACAUCUUAUUAAGAGAACGAUUGAUCCAUGUAAAAAAGCCAUCAAGGAUGCAGAUGUGAAACCACAAGAUAUCAAUGAAGUUAUUCUUGUUGGUGGUAUGACUCGCAUGCCAAAGGUACAACAAACUGUGCAAGAAUUAUUUGGUAAAUCACCAAACAAAUCUGUCAAUCCAGAUGAGGCCGUUGCUAUUGGCGCCGCUAUUCAGGGUGGUGUGCUUGCAGGAGAUGUUACUGAUCUCUUAUUAUUAGAUGUAACACCAUUAUCAUUAGGUAUUGAAACAUUAGGUGGUGUAUUUACAAAACUUAUCAAUCGUAAUACAACUAUCCCAACCAAAAAAAGUCAAGUAUUUUCAACAGCGGCAGAUGGCCAAACACAAGUCGAGAUUAAAGUUCAUCAAGGUGAACGUGAAAUGGCUCUUGACAAUAAAUUAUUAGGUCGUUUUAAUCUUAUUGGUAUUCCUCCUGCUCCUCGAGGUGUUCCCCAAAUUGAAGUAACAUUCGAUAUCGAUGCAAAUGGUAUUGUACAUGUGUCGGCACGAGAUCGUGGAACAGGAAAAGAACAACAAAUUGUCAUACAAUCUAGUGGUGGCUUAAGUAAAGACGAUAUUGAGAAUAUGGUCCGUGCAGCAGAAAAAUAUGCAGCAGAUGAUAAGAAACGUCGUGAAGUUGUAGAAGAAGUAAAUCGCGUUGAAUCGAUAUUACACGAUACAGAAACAAAAAUGGAAGAAUUUAAAAAUCAAUUACCACAAGACGAAUACCAAAAACUAAAAGAAGGCUCGAAUAAAUUACGUGAAAAGCUUUCGAAUAAAGACACCGAAUCAUUACAGAGCAUUAAAGAAUCAGCUGAUGAAUUUCAGAGACAAAGUUUACGACUAUUCGAAAUGGCAUACAAAAAGAUGCAGUCUGAUCGUGAAGGCAACCAGUCUCAGUCUUCAUCCUCCUCUUCAUCCACAUCAGAAACAAGCACUGAAGAAGGACAACAACAACAAGACAAAGAAAAACAAGAAAACAAACAAUAA